AAAUACCCAAAUCUCAAUUCGGGUUCUAACUUUCUAACUCAUUCUGGAAACUAGUAAACCCCUAAAACAUAAACCCUGUUGUCAUUUUGAAGCUUGUCUAAUUUCAUUCAUGCCCUAAUAUCUCUAUUAUACAGUACUGAUUAAGGAGUUGGUUAGUGUAAUUGUAAUCUGUAAAAUAAAAUGUCAGAAGCCGACGUGUCAUCCAUAUUCUCUCAGAAAAACUCAAGACUUCCUGAAGAUUCUGUCUUUUUCUCCAUAUUCCCUGAUUUUUCGCUUUCACCGGACCUUAAAUCCCAAAGUCCGAAAACAAAUAUUUCGUCCCAUCUUCAGUCUCUGCACCUGCAGAUCCUUCAAACGCUGUCGUCAUACACUGCUAACUACAUAUGGCAACACGAACCUUUCACUAUCUCUGUCUCUACCCAAACGCCGUGUGCCUUUUGCCCGUCUUCUUCGAAUCAUAUUCCACACCUUCAUGGAAAGCUGAGGUAUGGAGACAAUCUGGAAGAUGAAUGGUUCGUUGUGUUUUUGCUCUUUGAGACUUCACGUAAAUUCCCAAAUCUCUCGAUAUGUGUUUGGGAUACUGAUGGUGAAUUUCUUUUAAUAGAGUCUGCUUACCAUCUCCCUAAGUGGGUCAAUCCCGAGACCAGUACUAACCGUAUCUUCAUCCGCGGUGGUAAUUUGCAUAUUGUUCCCAAUAGUCAGUUCCGUUCGGUUCCUAGUUUGUUUGACGCACUUUCGUAUGUAAUGACACAUGAGGAAAAAACCAAGGCUUCAAGUUCAGUUCAGUUAGCUAUAAAUAAGCGAGUUGGAGAUUAUCCCGAUAGGGCAGUUAAGAAUAUGCACAGGGCAAAGGUUAGGGUUCCGGUUUCAGUAGCACAAAUAUUAAAGCAUGAACCUUGUUUGAUAUCACUAGCUGUGGAGGGGUUCUAUGACCGAGACAUUGAUUCAAUGAAGUAUGCAGCAAAUAUGGACCGGUUUUUGCCUAAUAAAAGCAGUGAUGAGAUUGUUGAAGUGUCGGUAAUAAUGUCUCGUGCAAUGUACGCACAGUUGAUGCAACAGACGUUUCAGGCCCCGAAAUGCUACCCAAUGCCGCCAAGGAGUGAUGCUGGUUACUCUGCAGCUGAAUUGGGAAUGAAGAUAGCAUGUGGGUUUGAAAUGUUUUAUCAAACAAGAAAACAUGAUGGAUUGGAAGGGAAAGGGGGCACAUGGGAGGUUUACAGAGAGAGUUUAGAGAAGAGCGGGUACUUUGAAGGGUUGCUUCCUGGUUCAAAUGAGUAUAAAAGAUUGAUGGAGAAUGCACAAGAUUAUUACAGAAAAAGUUCAUUACAUUCUAGAGAAAGUGAAAUUAUGAGUGCUCCUGUUAGACGCAUAGAUGAUAUACUUUCUCAGCCUUUUUCGUUAGAUGCGUUUAAGGGUCAAGAAAUACCUCCAUCAGAUGACGAUUCAUGGCUUUACGAUGGCGAGGAUGAAUUAAAUGCUGCUCUUCUUGAGAGACAACAAGAGAUGGAAUAUUAUGACCUGAAUCAUAAAAAAAGCAGUAAGCCUCAAGAGCCGGAGGAUGUAGGACCCUCGUCUUCCUCAAAUAUGGAUGAUUAUGAUCUUGGUGAUAUAGCAAAAUCAAUGCAAGAGUUCAUUCAGAAGAUGUCAAGUUUCGAGGGAGCAGAAGUUCCCAGAGACAGGAGUUCAAAUGAUGUGGAUCUUGAUGUGGAGCGCUUUAUGCAAGAAAUUGAUUCAGUUAUGAAGCCUCCAAAAGCGGUACAUGCCGAAGGAGAUGAUGAAGACUUUUCCUCUGACAUGGAUUUGGAUUACUCUGAAGAUAGUGAUGAUGAAGAGUUGGCUGAUGAACAUGGAGAUGAACAAGCAGCUUUCAUGAGCUCUUAUUCUGAUGCUCUUAGUGAGGAACUUAAGAGCACAACACUUAACAAGAGCUUUGUUCAUGCAAGUGACCCACAACCAAAGAAGGAUGAGGGAACAUCAAAUGCUUCUGGAGACGUAGAGGAGGAGUUUACUCCUGUAAACGUGGAUUUGAAUCUUGUGAAGAACUUUCUCGGUUCAUUUUCUUCUCAAGAGGGAUUACCAGGCCCGGCUUCCAAUCUUCUUGGUCUCAUGGGACUUCAACUUCCACAUGACAACAAAGGCAAAUGAUUCUACCAUCUCUAUUACUAAAUUUCAACAGCUAAAGAAUCCUUUGUUUUUUGAGAGAUUUGCCUUCUGAUAGAUCCUCAUGUAAAAGAGUACCCUGUACCCUGCUCACUUUUUUUUUUUUAAAUUAUAUAUAUUACAGUUAGGCUAAAUCUGAAGGUAUCCUCUGGUGGCAUCAUCAUCUUCUUUUUUUUUUAACGGCAUCCACUGGUGGUAGUCGAAACGAUGAUUUUGUCUUGUAAAAUGUCUACUUAAAUUCUUCUAGUUACAGGAUGGCCUUGCCUUCA